AUGUCUGAUAUAACAAAUUUAUUUAAAGCGACAAUUAAAACCGUGAAAAUAAGAGAAAAAAAUCUUCAAUCAUCCUCAUUCUCAUCUUCUGCUACUGACAAGGCUAUUUUGCCAAAAUCUAACAUUAAUAUUAGGAAAAGUGAAUUUGCUGUUACGGCUAAGAACGUAGUCUUGCUAAUAACAAAACUGAAAAACUUCUUACUUGAGAAUAGAAAAGAUUACAUCAGUGCCUCUGAACAAAUGACAAAUAUCGAUAGAGAUCGAAUUGAUGCUGAAGCUGAAGCCUUUAUGAAGAUGUCACAAGAUGCUAUAAAUCAAUUGAAAGUUCAAGCCAAUGCGAAUAAAGUGCUAAGACAAACAAGAGAGCAUAUAGAUCAUGUACUCAUUCUGAUUGAACAGUAUUUAUUUGCUGUUUGUAGGUUGUAUAGUGAGCAGAAAGCACUGCGAGUAAAGAGGACCAUACAUAGAAAAAAAAUAUCCAGGCUGCAGACGGAACCAGCUACAAUAAAGUUGCAAGUUCCCCCCAAUGACAAAAAAGUCAAAAACUCCUCUCCUGAUAUUGAUGAUGAUAAAAAGUCGCCAUCAUUAUCAUCAUCGCCACCACCGUCAUCAUCAUCAUCAUCACCGAAAAUUUCUUCUCCUAAAAAUGUUGAUGACGACGAGGACGAUGAGGAUGACGAUUCUAUGAGUUAUGAAGAAAAAAUGAUGUUACAAAAGGAGAAUGACAUUUUGUACGCUGAAAAGAGUUCAAUCAUUGAAGAGAUAAAACGAGUCGAAGGUGAUAUGAUUGAAAUAUCCAAACUGCAGCGAGUUUUUUCUGAAAACAUUUUGCAGCAGGAUGUCAGUGUACAGAAACUUGCCGAUAAUAUAUUAGGCUCGAAUGAAAAUCUGAAAGAAGGCAAUGAAUUGAUAAGAGAAGCCAUGAAGAACAACGCCGGCUUUCGAGUCUGGAUCAUGUUCAUAUUAAUCGUCUUUGCUUUCUCGAUUCUAUUUUUAGACUGGUACAAUCCCUAACGGGGAAUGGUUGCUGUUAAUGAAUGAGGAUUAAGAAGAUUUUAGUUAUAGAAAAUAUAUAUAUAUAUAUAUA